AAAGCACAAUGCCUGAACACGAACAGUAGAUGUUCAGCUGUUGUCCAAAAUCGUAGGUCCUUAAGGCUCUAUAAUAUUAACAUAGUUUAAUUUAAACAAUAACAAUGAAACGGUUAUCGAUUUUUGUGUUCCUCGCCGCUUUAUUCUCCACAAAUGCUGAAGAUGGAUUUUUACCAUCCUACAUCACUCCGUGUCAACUUUCGAAGGAUAGCUUCAAGAAUUGUGUCAGAGAACAAAUUGAGAAAACUCUUCCUAUCUUCGCGAAAGGGAUUCCAGAAUUAGGAGUCCCUUCAAUAGAUCCAGCUGAUUUAGAUGACAUCCACAUUGACGGCAAUGGUCUUAAGUUGACCUUCACUAAAGCCAAAUUACACGGUCUUAGUGACAUUCAGCUGACCGAUUUAACAAUCGACAUUGGCGAAAAGGAGGAGACCUUUAAAUUGGACUUGGUAGGAAACUUGAGCGUGUCUUCUCUCUACAACGCUGAUGGUAAAAUUUUGAUCCUGCCUAUCAAGGGAGACGGAGAUGCUAACAUCUACUGCACCAACGUGAAAGUCCAGAUCAACAGUAAAUUAAAUCACUUCAAGGACAGCAAGGGAGAACAUUUCAAGCUGACCACGCCAAACUACAAAUACGACAUCGAGUCUACCAGGUUUGACUUCAAGAACCUGUUCAACGGCAACAAACAACUUGCGGAGACAACACUUCAAUUCGCAAACGAGAAUUGGCGCCAACUCAUGGACGAUCUCGCGCCGCCAGUAAUCAAGCAAAUCGUGAAGACCAUUGUCAAAUCCAUCAACAAGUUCUUCUCAAAGGUCACCAUUUCGAGAAUAGUCCGUGAUUACACCGAAGCUUAAUCUGUGAUAUUUCAACAACCCAGUGAAAUUGUAUGACAAAUAUAUUUUACCUUUAAUUAAUUACUAUAAGUUACGUUUUUUGUCGAUAAUUUUGCUUCGUCGCUAGUUGUUAAAUAAUAACAGUGUUAGGGCAGAUUUUUCAGUUUGGAAUUUUUAUAUUAUCCCAUAAUAUUUUACAAUAAUUUAUGGGAUAAAUAAGCGCUCACCAUACAUUGAAUAAUCAGCCCUUAACAUACAAAUAUUUUAUUUAUUGUGAAGAAAAAAGUAGCCAGCAUUGUAUGUGAUAUUAAGAUAAUGUUAUAAAUUAAUAUUCCUCUCAUGACGUAUACUAAUUUUUAAUAAUAUUUCAGAGGUGAUAACAUUUCGUUUUAGCUAAACCAAUAUAAUAAUUUUUAGAAACGGGUCUCUUUGCAUAUUUUAAAUAUUUAUUGCUUACG